AUGACUUUCUCUAAUCAUUCAUUUCCAGAAAAGAGUGAGACAGUCACUCCUGCUGAAGCUGCGCCAGCCCCAGCUGUCCCAGAGCCGCCUGCUCCACCAGUAGAAAGCUCCCAAAAGACAGAAGCUGCACCUUCCGGCACUCAACCAGAACAGCCUGUGGACCCUAUUGGGCUCUUUCUGCUACGACCCCAGGACGGAGAAGUUACUGUUGGUGGAAACAUCACAUUCACUGCCAAAGUGGCAGGUGAGAGCCUGCUGAAGAAACCAUCAGUGAAAUGGUUCAAAGGAAAGUGGAUGGACUUGGGAAGCAAAGUGGGGCAACACCUCCAGCUACAUGACAGUUAUGAUCGAAAUAACAAGGUGUAUACCUUUGAAAUGGAAAUCAUAGAAGCAAAUAUGACUUUUGCAGGAGGGUACAGAUGUGAGGUGGCUACCAAGGACAAAUUUGAUAGUUCUAAUUUCAACCUGACAGUCAAUGGUAAGAUGAAUUCCUGCCAUCAUCUUUGGAUGAAUGAUGAAAACAAGCAAAUUCCCUGUAGCUUGAGUCCUUCGUUACCCACAACACUGCGGGAGUGCACACGUGUUGAAGGCAUUAGCACGCUUUCACACCCCUUCUGUGAUGGCACUCAAGACCUUCUUCAGGGCAACUUUUGA